AUGUCAGACUCGUCUUCACCAUCACCCUCGCUGGCGGAAAGCAUAAACGAUGCUAAGCGUGUUGAGAACGAUGUCUUGACAGAAUCACCGAGAGAAGAUGAGCUUUUGGACGAUGUACCAGAGUCUGAAAAAGACACUGUUCUUGUCAGAUCACUUGAUACUGACGACAACGAAGUGUUUAAGCUACGAGCCUACCAGGAUGAGAUGCUGGCAGAGAGUUUGAAACGAAACACCAUCAUUGUGCUAAACACCGGAGCUGGUAAAACACACAUAGCCCUUGCCAGAGCAAGAGCGGAAUUGGAAAUGGAACAGUUAGACAAACUUGUCUGGUUUCUUGCACCUACAGUCGCUCUUUGUCACCAGCAUUACAGAUCUAUCACAACAAAUCUGCCAGCAUACCAAACCAGACUUCUCACCAGCGAAGAUGGCGUUGACAGAUGGACUGAUCAAACAGUUUGGGACGGCGUUCUCAAGGAUAUGAAAGUCAUCGUCAGCACAUAUGGCGUUCUAUACGAUGCUCUCUGUCACGGAUUUGUUACAAUGCAAAGGCUUUCGUUGUGUGUGUUCGACGAAGCACACCAUUGCACCAAAAAUCAUGCCUCUAACAUGAUCAUGAAGCAUUUCUAUCGCCCAGCUAAAGAUAAUGGAUAUCCGGUGCCCAGAAUCCUCGGUUUAAGUGCUAGUCCAGUGAUGACCGCAAAAGCUGGAGGUUUAGAGAUACUCGAAGCGAACAUGGAUAGUCAUGCCAUUACACCACGCUUGCACAGAUCCGAAUUGAUGCAAUAUGUGCAUAUCCCAGAGCUCCUGAAACGGACUUUUGAGAGCAAAGAAGCUCCCAACACACCAAACUCUUUGCGAGAAGCCCUUACUACUGCCAUUCACCUAUACAAGAUACGCGAAGAUCCAUACCUUGUUGAAAUCAUGCAGACCGGAGGACCCGAUAUGAAAGGUAAAGUGGAUGAAGUGCUUAUGUCAAGAAAGACAUAUUGCACAGACCAGCUGAGGGCGCUGAGAAAGCGUGCAGAGGUCAUUGCUAGAGACAUCAGUCCGUCCGCAGCAGAAACAUAUAUUCAGGCUUGCCGUGACAAGUUUCUUGCAGGAGUUCAAGAAGACAAUAAUCUAUGGAUGCCAGAACUUUCAGACAAGGAGAAGAGUCAUCUUGCCGAGAUCCUCACGAACUUACGUGUAGAUGCAGUCUCCUCAGACACGACUGUGAGUUUCAAGCUUCGACUACUCUUGGACAUCUUGAAAGAGGAGUCCGGAUCAUCUUUUACUGGAAUCAUUUUUGUGGAGCAAAGAGCUGUUGUCGCCGCUCUAGCAGAGUUUCUUUCUUCCGAUCCAGAGUGCUCACAGAUCUUCAACAUUGGCACCUUUGUUGGAGGCUCAAACUCAUCCAAGAAGAAAUCAAAUAUCGGCGACAUCAACGACUUGAAAGCACAGCAACAGACUCUUGAUGAUUACAGGGUAGGCAAAAAGAAUUUGAUCAUUGCAACGAGCGUACUCGAAGAAGGUAUUGACAUAUCUUCAUGCCAAACCGUGAUCUGUUUCGAUGCUCCUCUCAACUUGGUAUCCUUCGUCCAGAGACGGGGUAGAGCACGCAAGAAGGACUCGAAGUACAUCAUUUUGCUGGCCGAUGGCGACGACAAAGGUGAACCAGCCAAAUGGCAUCAACUGGAAGAACGGAUGAAAGCAGCAUACGAAGAUGAGUACAGAAACGCUCAACUAGCUGUUCAACUAGAGCAAACACACGAAACAGAAGACAGAAAGUAUAAGGUACAGAAGACCGGGGCUUUGCUCACCCUCGACAAUGCGAAGUCGCAUCUCAACCAUUUCUGCGCCACCCUUCAGACAGCCAAUCAUGUCGAUCAUCGACCAGUCUUCGAGUGUCGAACAGACGCAGAAGAUCUGAUCACUGCGAAGGUCCUUCUGCCUUCUUCAGUGAGUCAAAAGUAUCGAACAGCUGUCAGCGCACACAGCUGGAAGACGGAAAGAGCAGCGAUGAAAGAUGCAGCUUUCCAGGCUUGCGUAGCAUUGCAUCGUGGUGGUCUUCUUAACGACCAUUUGCUCCCUCCCCACAUUCAGACUCCAGACCAAGCACGCCAGAACAGACCUAGCCUCGUCAAAGUCGCAAUGAGACAUGAUCCAUGGGAACUAGGUACAACAGAUCUAUGGUUCAAGCAUGUAGUGGAACUCAAGAUAGAGGGACAGCCCAGCAUUCCGAUGGCGAUGUUCCUGCCUGUUGAGUGCCCAAAAAUUGACGACAUUGCUCUCUUUUGGAGUAUGCACAUCACAGGUGUCGCGAACAUUGGACCUGGUCAACCGUGCAAACUCAGUGAGGAGGAGGCCAACCGAAAACAGAAAGACACAGAAAGUAUGCUUCUUUCCGUGUUUGCACCUGCCGACCUUGCAAGUGUAAAAGGCAGGUACGCAGCAAUGUUUGAACCAUUGGAUCAACCUUCGGUGACUCCACUGAGUAGAAAGACUCGACCAGCAAUCGAGCAACUUUCGAGGGUGCAGAAUGCAACAGACGUUGGUCUCGUGCAGGUCAGCGUGCAGCAAGGACGAAGCUACGUUUUCCAAAGCAUACAAGGCCAAGACCAGGAAAUAUUGGAAGUCACCAAAUUCCCGAAGAAGCGCGACUUCCUCACACGACCUGCCGAGGAAUCGAAGAAGGAUCGACUUACUCGCGAAACAUUCGCUAUGGCUCAAUGCACUAUCAACGUCCUCCCAGCUAGAUAUUCAUUCUUCGCUGCUUGCAUUCCUUCCAUCUUGCAUAGAGUCGAGACGGCUGUUCUUGCUGCUCGUUUGCAGAAUACUCUCCUCAAGCCUGUUGGCAUCGAGAAUCUUCAACUCAUCAUCGAGGCGACCACAUCAGGCGCCGCUAACUUUACUGCCAGCUACGAGAGGUUAGAAUAUCUAGGCGACGCAGUGCUGAAGUAUUGCACACACGUUCAAUUGGCAGCUCAACACCCUGAAUGGCCAGAAAGCUACUUAACAGCUGAGAAGGGAAGGACGAAUGGCAAUGCAUCAUUAUCUCGUGCAGCUUUGAGCAGUGGCGUGGAUCGAUUCAUCUCAACAACGAAGUUCACAGGUAAUCACUGGAAGCCUCCAAUACUCUGCACCGACCAGAAAGACAAGAACGACCAGACCGUCGACAGGAGUACAAAAACACUUGCAGACGUCGUGGAAGCGUUGAUCGGUGCUGCUUACAUGGAUAAAUGCCUUCAAGGAGCAUUAGCUUGCAUUCGCAUUUUCCUGCCCAACGAGCAAUGGCUAGACCAUACAACAUGCCUAUCCUCCCUACUCUCCCAGACACCUGCUCUGUCUAACGUCCCGCCUUUCCUCGACACUGUCGAGACACUCAUCGACUACAAAUUCGCCAAUCCAUCCUUACUGCUUGAAGCACUAACCCACUCCUCCUUCUCCUCACCCGAAGCUCUCUCUUACGAAAGACUAGAGUUCUUAGGCGAUGCAAUACUAGACCAAAUCCUGGUCCCCACCAUUUUCUCCGCAACCCCAGCACUCAAGAACCACGAGAUGCAUAGAAUGCGACAAGCACUAGCCAAUGCCCACAUCCUAGGAAUCUGCUGUUUGGAACUGAGCCUCCCGGUAUCUCGGCUAGAGCCAACAACCAACCAGACCGGAGAGGUGGGAUUAGAAGAAGCAGUCCACCUCUACCAUCUCCACGAUUUUCUGCGUUGUGGACCUAGUAUACACGUUCAGCGCAAAGCAGCUUUGGACAGAUACAUCCCUCUCCGUACUCAAAUUCUCGAACAAUUGGAACAUGGACACGAGUAUCCAUGGCCAGACUUGCUUCGUCUCGGUCUCCACAAAUCCUGCAAAUGGAUGUCAGAUAUAUUGGAAUCAGUCUUGGGAGCCAUUUACAUUGAUUCCUCUGGCAACCUCUCUGCCUGCAAAGCCUUUGUCGGAAAACUCGGGUUGUUCAAGUUGUUCGAUAGGUUCUUGGAUGAGGGUGUACAGGUCGGGUUUCCGAGGGAAAGGCUGGGCUUGAUGGCCAACCAGAAGGACGUGGAAUAUGUGGCUUCGAGUGAUGGGAAUGGAGAAUGGAGUUGCAAGAUUUUUGUGGGUCAGAAAGAGGUUGUGGAUGUUGGAGGAUGUGUUAGUAGGGAGGAGGCAAAGGUCAGGGGUGCAGCAACUGCGGUGAGAGUUCUGCAGGAGGAGAUCAUCAGAGGUAUGGAGAGUAUCGCCGUAGAUGGAGGUGAGGAUGAAGACAUGGUGGAUGCCGAGUAA